UUGCAUUUCACUGGAAUUAUGUUUCCACAGAUUCUCUUUGCUCUGACUGUCGCAAUUUCGGCUGCGCCACAGGGUUACAGUCACCCUACACCAUCUGGAGAUGGAUUUUCACACGGAGGAUCUGCAGAUGGUGGUUUAGGUGGAAUCGCAGGUGGUGGAACUGGUGGAUUUGGAGAAGGUGGAGUUGGUGGCCCUGUAGGUGGUUGUCAGGAUGGCCAAAUCUUACAUGUCGAUGGAUCAUGCAUAACUCCAGUUAUCACGAGGAAAGUAUAUUUGUACGACGCUCCUGAAGUACCUGAGGGCCCAGGCGGUCCACCUCCGAGUGUGCCACCACCCAAGGUAGAACAUAACAUCCUAUUCGUACGCGUUCCUGAGGCUGCUCCACCACCUGAACCUAUUAUUGUUCCUCCCGCAAGGCAAGAAAACGUGGUCUACGUUUUGAAUAAGCAGGAAGAACAAAGUCAACAGGUGAUCGAGGUUACACCUCAUCCGGCUUCCGACCCAGAAAUCUAUUUCGUGAACUACCAAGAAGGAGAAAACCCAACCCUCCCUCUCGGAGUAGAUCUUGAGACUGCGCUCAGCGUUGCUAGUGCUGCUGGCGGUGAUGUAAUCGGAGAUGGUGGAGCCAUUGUUGGCAGCGGAGGAUUAGGCGACGAUGUUGCAGUCGAAGGAAAUGGAGGCCUUGGAGGAGCCGGUGCCGGAGGAUUUGGAGAAGCUGGAAUAGGAGGAAGUGGAACAUUCGGAGGAGCUGUGACAGGAGGCAAUGGAGUAUUUGGAGGCGGAUUUGGAGGUGUGAAUGGAGGAAAUGGCGGCUUCGGCGUUAAUGGCGGUAGUCCGUCAAACUUGUACACCAGCCCAUAAGAUGUUUUAUUAUUAUUAUUGUUGUUGUUAUUUUGACAUACAUUCAGUUUAUCAGAUUUGUUGAUUAUAUUAUAUGCACAAUAAAUAUAUAUAAAAUUGUAAA